CAUUUCUCUCCUGCCGCAUUGGCUAUUAGGGUUUUCCAGAGCUAUUCCAAAAAUUUUCGUUCCAAAUUUUUUUUUUUCUCUCCUCCCAAACGUCUCUUUCUUUUUCAUUCAAUCUCAGAUCGGUUUUUCUUUUUUUCUCUUUCAUGGAGCUGAGUAAACAACACUAGGAACGGUUUCGUGGUUGCUGUGUAGGGUUCGUAAAGUUAGGGUUUUUCGGAGUUUUGAGCGAGAAAGAAAUGGCAAGCAUGAACCCAUUUGAUCUUUUGGGCGAUGACGAUAACGAUGAUCCGAGUCAGCUCCUCGCGGCUCAGGAGCAUAAGCUCGGUCCUCUCGCUGCCAAGAAACCCCAAGCUCAACCAGCGGUUCAGCCAGCUAAGCCAGCCAAGCUUCCAUCCAAGCCUGUCCCACCUGCUCAAGCUGUGAGGGAGGGAAAGAAUGAAGUGGGGCGUGGAGGGGGCCGUGGCGGUGGACGCGGGUAUGGACGUGGACGUGGUGGGGGCGGAUUUACUCGAGAUUCAGUUAACAAUGAGAACACCUUUGGCAACAACAAUGGAUUCUCUGGUGGGGGGUACAGGCCAACUGAAGAGGGAGAUGCAGGGAAGCCAUCUGAGAGGCGUGGCUCUGGUGGACCUCGUGGUCCCUUCCGAGGUGGUCGUCGUGGUGGUUUUAGCAAUGGAGAGGAUGCUGAAGGGGAACGUCCACGUAGGACAUAUGAACGCCGCAGUGGGACUGGACGUGGGAGUGAGCUUAAACGUGAAGGAUCUGGUCGUGGUAAUUGGGGAACUCCAACUGAUGAAAUUGCUCCGGAUGUUGAGGAGCCUGUAACUGAAAAUGAGAAGAAUGUUGGUGCUGAGAAGCACUUGGGAGGAGAGGACAAUGUUGGUGAUGCUAACAAAGAGAAUCCUGUUAAUGAACCGGAAGAGAAGGAGCCUGAGGAUAAGGAGAUGACUUUAGAAGAGUACGAGAAGGUAGUUGAAGAGAAGAGGAAGGCUCUGCUUACACUAAAGACCGAGGAAAGGAAGGUUGAUGUGGACAAAGAAUUUCAGUCCAUGCAGCCCCUUUCAACUAAGAAGAGCAAUGAUGAAAUCUUUAUCAAACUGGGUUCUGAGAAGGACAAGCGUAAAGAUGCAGCUGACAAAGAAGAGAAAGCAAAGAAGUCUGUUAGCAUAAAUGAGUUUCUAAAGCCUACUGAAGGGGAGAGGUCUUAUAACCCUGGUGGUCGUCGAGGUCGUGGCCGUGGUUCAAGAGGAGGAUUUGGUGGAAGCAACAGGAGCUUCAAUGUAGAUGCUCCUGCCAUUGAAGAUCAGCAGCAGUUCCCCUCCUUGGGUGGUAAAUGAGAAUUUCCCACUUGUUUCUUCUCUUUGGCUUCUCCAUUGGGGUUCUGCUAUCAUUUCUGGAGUUUGAGUUGCAGGCUAUGCACGGGCACAUUUAAAACUAAUCUUUAAUAUUAUGUUUGAGUGUAUAUUUUAGAUGUUAUUUCUGGACCGAGGACUCAUGCAUCAGUUUUGUUUUGAAAUAGGUGAAACCAGUUAGUUACUUUUGGAUAUCUCGUUGUUUCAUGUAUUUGUUUACUUAUGCUUCAAGCCAAUGGAAGAGCUAUAAUGUUGGACUGAUUCUGGGAAGGCCUCUAUAGAAGAUCCUCUAAUUGGCGCUAA